GCAGCAGUCAGUUGGACGCGGCGGCUCCUUCAGCAAGGACGCACAGCUCACACAAUCCCUUCGAAGGACAGCGACAUACCGAAAGGCCUGCCACAACAUUUUCAGACUCUAAGGUCCUGUAAGGCCUGUAAAGUUUUUACAUUCAGCUUACAUAAAUGCUAGAGGACGCUGUAAACACAAACAAAAAUACAGAGCGCUAGAAAGCGCUAAUUAGCCAGAAAUGUUAGCCAAGUUUUAGUCGGUAUUUUCGCGCUUGAUUUUUUUCGGCGACUGCAAGAGUUUUGGUCGCUUGGUCGUUUGUGUGUGGAGUGCCGCCCGAUUUUUUGUUGGUCCUUUUUUUUCUGUUUGGUGUCUCACCGAGUGCCGUUUUUAACCAAUAUACUAGAGACAUACUAGCGUACUAGCUAAUACAUAUUAACUUGUUGUGCCAGCAUUCUGUGUGUGUGCCAGCCAGCUUCUGAGUGCAUUUUCAUUAAAGUCAACAAGUUGCAGCCGCAUAAGGUCAAAUAAAAGCAGCCAGAGCCAAAAUGAUGGCGACGUCGCAGGACUAUUUUGGCAAUCCGUACGCCCUCUUCCGCGGUCCGCCCACAACUUUGAGGCCCCGCGAGUCGCCGCUGGGCGUGGGUCACCCCCACGGCCAUGGGCAUAUCCACAGCCACGCCCAUGCCCACGGCCAUGGCCACGCCCACUCGCAUUAUGCGGCCUUGGACUUGCAGACGCCGCACAAGCGGAAUAUCGAAACGGAUGUGCGGGCACCGCCGCCGCCAUUGCCGCCACCACCGCUUCCGCUUCCGGCCGCAUCCCCUAGGUACAACACUGACCAAGGAGCGAUGGACCAGCAAUUCUGCUUGCGCUGGAACAAUCAUCCCACAAAUUUGACCGGCGUGCUCACCUCACUGCUGCAGCGGGAGGCGCUAUGCGAUGUCACGCUCGCCUGCGAGGGCGAAACAGUCAAGGCUCACCAAACCAUACUGUCAGCCUGCAGUCCGUAUUUCGAGACGAUUUUCCUACAGAACCAGCAUCCACAUCCCAUCAUCUACUUGAAAGAUGUCAGAUACGCAGAGAUGCGCUCUCUGCUCGACUUCAUGUACAAGGGCGAGGUCAACGUGGGUCAGAGUUCGCUGCCCAUGUUUCUCAAAACGGCCGAGAGCCUGCAGGUGCGUGGUCUCACAGAUAACAACAAUCUGAAUUACCGCUCCGACUGCGACAAGCUGCGCGAUUCGGCGGCCAGUUCGCCGACCGGCCGUGGUCCCAGCAAUUACGCCGGCGGCAUGGGCGGCGCUGGGGGCGUGGCCGAUGCGAUGCGCGACUCCCGCGACUCCCUGCGCUCCCGCUGCGAACGGGAUCUGCGCGACGAGCUGACGCAGCGCAGCAGCAGCAGCAUGAGCGAACGCAGCUCGGCGGCAGCAGCGGCGGCGGCGGCAGCAGCAGCGGUGGCCGCUGCAGGCGGCAAUGUCAAUGCGGCCGCCGUCGCCCUGGGCCUGACCACGCCCACCGGCGGCGAACGAUCUCCGAGCGUGGGCAGCGCCAGUGCAGCGGCAGCGGCUGCGGCGGUAGCAGCGGCCGUGGCAGCGGCCGCCAAUCGUAGUGCCAGCGCCGAUGGAUGCAGCGAUCGUGGCAGCGAGCGCGGAACUCUCGAGCGGACGGAUAGUCGCGAUGAUCUGUUGCAAUUGGAUUAUAGCAACAAGGAUAACAACAACAGCAACAGCAGUAGUACCGGCAACAACAACAACAAUAAUAACAACAACAAUAGCAGCAGCAACAACAACAAUAGGGAGCGCAACAACAGCAGAGAGCGCGAACGGGAACGGGAGCGGGAAAGAGAGCGUGAGCGUGACAGGGACAGGGAGCUGUCCACCACGCCGGUGGAUCAGCUGAGUAGUAGUAAGCGCAGACGUAAGAACUCAUCAUCCAACUGUGAUAACUCGCUGUCCUCGAGCCACCAGGACAGGCACUACCCGCAGGACUCUCAGGCCAACUUCAAGUCGAGUCCCGUGCCCAAGACGGGCGGCAGCACAUCGGAGUCGGAGGACGCCGGCGGCCGCCACGACUCGCCGCUCUCGAUGACCACAAGCGUCCACCUGGGCGGCGGUGGGGGCAAUGUGGGCGCGGCCAGCGCCCUGAGCGGUCUGGGCCAGUCCCUGAGCAUCAAGCAGGAGCUGAUGGACGCCCAGCAACAGCAGCAGCAUCGCGAACACCAUGUGGCCCUGCCGCCCGAUUACUUGCCGAGUGCCGCCCUGAAGAUGCACGCGGAGGACAUGUCGACUCUGCUGACGCAGCAUGCUUUGCAAGCAGCAGAUGCGCGGGAAGAGCACAAUGAUACCAAACAGCUGCAGCUGGACCAGACGGACAAUAUCGACGGCUCCAAGGCCUGGCACAUGCGGCUAACCUUCGAGCGGCUCUCGGGCGGCUGCAACCUGCACCGUUGCAAGCUGUGCGGCAAGGUCGUCACCCACAUCCGCAACCACUACCACGUCCAUUUCCCGGGUCGCUUCGAGUGCCCCCUCUGCCGGGCCACCUACACGCGCAGCGACAACCUGCGGACCCACUGCAAGUUCAAGCACCCGAUGUACAAUCCGGAUACGCGAAAGUUCGACAACCUAAUGUCCUCGUCGGCGGUGGGGGCGGGUGCCACGCCCACGGCCAGCCAGUUGGCGGUUGCCUCGCAAGCGGCCAUGGCAGCGGCAGCCGCGGCGGCCUUUAAUGCAGCGCAACAGCAGCAGCAACAGCAACAGCAGCAUCAACAGCAGCAUCAGCAACAUCACCAGCAGCAGCAACAGUCGCAGUCGCAGUCGCAACAGCAGCAGCAGCAACAGCAGCAAUCGCAGCAGCAACUCCAUGCCCUUGCCCAGCAACACAUGUUGCAGCUGCAGCCGCAACACCACCAGCAGCAGCAACACAAUGCCACAAGUGAAUGAUACAGUCAGUACCUGGGCUGGAACUAUGGUGCCUGGCGCCACGAUGACCACAACCUCAAGCAGCAACAGCAACCCCAGCAGCAACAUCGCAAGGCUCCGCCCUUUAACUUUUAUGCCCGCGACUAUUACUACCAGCAACAUCAGCAGCAACAGCAGCAGCAGCAAGAGUCACCCAUUAGCAAUGGCAACAUGAGACAACAGCAGCAGCAGCAGCAGCAGCAACAUCGACGACAGCAGCAACAUCCGCCUGCCCAGACGAUCAUCAUCGAUGAGAGCGACAAUGAGCUGGAGGAGGAGCAGCAGAUGAGGCUGAAUUUCGAGCGGUACAUGGAGCAGCUGAAGCAGCUGGCGCCCUACGAUCCCCAAGAAACUUUGUGCAAUAGCAACACCAACAUUAACAUUAACAACAGCAGCAGCAACAGCAGCGGCGAGCCCACGAAUGCCAAUCCAAUGGAAGCUACUACAACUACUACUAAUAGUAAUAAUAAUAUUAAUAACAAUAGUUAUGCUAACAACAGUGCUAGGAGCUACAGCAAAAGGCAACAGGAGUAGCAACCUGCAACCUGCAACGGCAACAGCUAAGGGCAACCUGCAACAGCAACCAAUUGAUACUCAAUGCAAAGUAAAUUUAGAUGAGAAAAGAUCUUAAAUGUUGAAUCGAUUUAAGGGUAAGCCAAAUUUAUUUGUCAAUUAUGUAGAGGAGAGGAUAAAUUGCCGGCUGCGAGAAGGAAUCUAAUGCUGAUCUGUGCAGAAAGCGACAUAUUGUCAUGGUUUCAACUAGAUAUGGAUGUUGCAGUCACACACAAAACACACACGCACUUAUAUACAGUAUAGUAAAUCUAAUUGUAAUGGAGUUUUUAAUUGUAAAAGUCUUGUCUUCGUGGGGCAAGCAAAAAAGGGUUUCCAAGGCAGCUAAGAUGAAGAAGUGGGUGGCAAAUAGGGCUAAAUACGGAACGAAAAAAAGGUUUUUAACUAACAGCACUCAAAUAUUUACAAGAAGAAAACAAAAAACGUAAACUAAUUGUAUUUCAAGAACUACCUACUCACAUAUAUGGAAUUACAAAUUACAAAAUACAAAUUUUACAAAUUAAAAUCGUUGGACCUGUCAGACAUUUGUGCCAAAUCUCUUGGUGGUAGUGCCAACUUCCUUGGCUGCACUCUCUCUUUUUGCACCUGUUCGUUGUUGCAUUUAACAUUAAUAUGUGCACACCCACAAAAACCAAACCCCACAACACCCCCUAAAAACAAAACCACACACUAACCCACCCGGAAACCACUCUGAUACUCUAAAACAAAAAAAUAUUAUGAAAGUUAGGAGCAAACACCGAACAUUGAAGACAUUUUGAACGAGAGAUUUCUAUGCUGCUAACCAUUUUACUGUUUUAUAUAAAUGUAUAUUUAAUUACGAUCUAAUGAAUGUCACGUUUUACGAACAAUAAUAACAAGAAUUGUAAAAUAUAAUGAUAGCGUUACUCUGAACUUAAUCGAUAUUUAUAAAACAAUAUUCAAUGGGAUUUUCUCUGCAUCUAUGAUGUACAAAUCGGUGCGUUUGAUAUCGAUGUUAGUUGACCUUGAAGACAUGCAUUACGGUAGCCCUAAUCUUAGCGAAGCAGUUUUAAACUAAUCUAAUCUAAUCUAAACUAAACUAAUUCACUGAGUACGGAUACUAAACUAAUGUUAAUUUAUUUAUAACCAUCCUGGGAGUGUGUGCGAAUGAGUCUCGAACUGAGCGAUUGCCGAUGGAUCUGCAAUACGAUCGAUACGAUCCGAUAUGAUCUGAUGUAUUAUAGUUAGCGAUAGCGAUAACAUCGCCAGAUCCGAUUGUCAAUGCAUGUGGCCGAGUUUGUUAUCCAGUCUAUAUAUAAUAUUAUAUACCUACUUAUACACACAUGCGUGAGCUAUUAUUAAUUCUUGCAGACUCUUCUUACGGUGUAAAUAUGAUUGAUGAUUCUCCCACGAUUUCUGCUAGUUAAUGUAUAUUUAAAAUCAGUUUUUUGUAAUUUGUUGUUGUACAUUGAUUGCCAAAUCCCCGAAAUUGGUGCGCACACACACACACACAUAUAAGAACACAAACACGAGCAUAUGCAAACACACACAAACGAACGUCUAAUUGCCUAAAGAAUUAAUGCAUAAUUCUAUUAAAUAUAUAGUUAUAUAUUAUAUACACACAUAUUCAUAAUAUUUAUUUGUUCUACUUCUUAACAUGAAAUGUUUAGUAAUUAAAUUUUUAUUAUUAAUAAUGCUACAUCAAAUACUGCCCCCGACUUAAUGUUUGUUUAAUGUUUAUUUUUAACGCUGUUUUGUUAAACAAAAAUUUAAGAAAUUUAUCUAUAUAUGAUGUGAUAACUAUAGUAAAACUAAAAACACACACACACACGCCCACAAAACAAACAAAAAACACCCACAUUACAAAUUGAAAUUAUGUUAAUUAAGCAGGAGAGUAGAGAGUUGAAGUUUUUUUAAAAAACGAUCGAAAGUAAUCUAUAAUUUGUGUGGUAUGCAAAAUGGUGCUAAAUCCAAAUAUACUUUAAAGUAUAAUGAAUAGGACGAGAGGGAACGAAUGGAGGAGGCCAGCUCCCCUUGAAUCGUAUCGUAUGUGCAAUAUGACUAGUUUUCGUUUAAGGUGCAGGAUGUUGACGAGACCACGCAAAAGCCAACAAUUUUCAAUUAUGCGAAGAAAAAUAAAAUUAAAAAAUAAAAAAAUAUAUGUAAAUACAAAGCGGUGCUCACCCCCUACACAUAAACAGAUAUUCAAAGUCCUUUUAAAUGUCACAAAAAAAAA